CAAUCACCAUCCAUAUUCUCGCGACGGUAUUCCGUUCGCCCCCUACAUGACCCGAAAAAGAGCAGUAUUUGAGUGUUCUGGGAAGGAAUAACUCGAUAUAACUUCCCCAUCCCCACUCGUGUGACAUACACCCAUUUCCUUUACACCAGUAUCUGCUUCUGCAUCUUCCUAGUCAAUAUGCUCGCAGAAACCCUCACCACGGGGCUGCUGCUCAUUACGAGCGCCAGCGCCCUCCCAGUGAUGAGCCCACUGGAGUACGUCAAGCGAGCCGUCAACCCUGGCGUCGUCAUCAGCAAAUGCAGCCAGCCCAACAUGCUGGCACUUGCCUACGACGACGGUCCAUACACAUACACCUCUCAGCUCGUCGACAUCCUCGACAGAGGCGGCGCCAAAGCCACCUUCUUCUGGUGCGGUACUCUGUACGGAUGUAUCUACCGCCAAGAAGCCGCCGUCAAGAAGGCAUUUGCCUCUGGCCAUCAAGUUGCCUCUCACUCAUGGUCCCACAACAGAAUGGGCUCCAUGAACGCCAACCAAAUCCGCACUGAAAUGACCCGUGUCGAAGACGCCCUCGUCAACAUGGUCGGCGUCAAGCCGGCCUACAUGCGGCCUCCUUAUCUCGACACCGGCGGCCAGUUCUUGAACACGAUGAAGACGAUGAACUACAAGGUCAUCACCAACGACAUUGAUUCCGGAGACUGGAACAACGUCAGCCCCCAGCAAGCCCAGCAGCGGUUUCAGCAGGCGGGUGCCCGUGGCAAUGGGCAUAUUCCCCUCAUGCAUGAGGUGUAUCCCGGAACGGUUAACACGCUGACGCCGUGGUUGAUCAACUGGGCGAACCAGAAUAACUUGAAGCUUGUUACUGUUGCUGAGUGCGUUGGUGAUCCAGAGGGCUCAUAUCAGCCUGGUAAUUGGACUGCAAAGGUUGGGCCGUACAACUGCUAAAGCAAGUGUGUUGGACUGGUUAUGUUCAAGGGUAAGGUCACCUUUCCAGGGAACUUGCUGCCCAAGACAACACGCAUGUAGCCACCAAAUGCAAACACCUCAACCAAGGGGUCUUUCCUCACAGAAAAAACUGCAGUCGUAUCCCAACUGCCAAUCCCACUACCAAUAGCGUACCGAUAACACAAGAACCUCAACGCUGGGAACUCGGCCCGAGGCUCAUGCAACCGUCAUCCUGACACACCUGCAGCAGCCAAGAUAGCCGUCACACCGAGGCUUGGCUACCACUUGGGAAAAGAGUGAGGCUGUCAAAGAUAACUCUGCAUCUUUAGCCUCUUGUCAAUCCUGCCACACAUCCUUUCGCAAGUCUAGCAUCAUUCCCAGGGUCACAAUGAGGCCCUCACCAACACCACAGUGCCAGUACCUGACAAGCCAUACCUGCAUGACUAGACCUCAACUACCGCCGUCACUGCGCCAUCGACUAGCCACAUAGCCGUUACAACUCCAACGUCCCGAUAAUGCACCUCUAGGUUGCUAAGUUGUCGUCCUGUCCCUGCCUUGUUUUGUCAGCUCUUCUGCAGUAGCCUAUCCUAUUUGGAGCUUGUGUCUCUUCUCAUCCAAGCUCAUGAUAUCUCCAACCAAAGCAAUCGACUGCCCAUUAUUAAGGCUUGUUGCUGUUUGCAACCUAAGCUCUGACCUUGAUCCAAUCUUUUCAUCAGUCAAUGUCCUGAACUCUACUCUGUAGCAUCC